AAGAACAGAAAAAUUAUACACUCGAAUUAAAAAAAAAACACACACACAAUAUUAUCAUUAAUCGGUAAUUAUCACCACUAAUUUCCCGACGAGUUCUUCGGCUUCGGCAGCAGAGUAGCGGCGCAGAUCGCGCUGACGAAAGCCACCACCGUCCCGACGAUAAACGCCGGCAAGUUUCCGCCGCCGAACGCCGCAUCGAACGGCCCGCUCCCGAGCGAGAUCACCAUCUGCGGCAGGCAGAUCGCCAGAUUCACCACCCCCAGCGACAAUCCCUGCCCGGCGCCGGAGCCGUGCGAGUAGAUCGACGCCAUCGCGAACGGAAUGCUGUACGUCACCGCCAGCGGCAGCCCCAAAACCCCGAACACAGCCAGCGCCCCGUUCUUGAUCCCCGACGACGGCCCCACGACUCCGCCGCCGCCGCCGCCGUGUCCCCUCCGCCUCUCUGUUUCCGCCAAUUUCGUGAUCACAAUCGUCAUCACCAAGCAAACCCCCAAUACGAAAUUCACGAGCCCCCAGAGCAUCUUCACCCCCAAUUUCCCCGCCAAUGGAUCGAUUGCGAGCGAAACGACGAGGAGGACGAUCGAAUUAAUCAUCAACCCUAACGACCCGGCCCGAACCCCGCGGUCGUAUAGCCUGACCCGACCCGGAUCCCCCUGCGAGCUCCCGCCGUACACUUCCCUCCCCAUCCAAUCGGUGUCGUAUAGGACCCACGGAAACCACGCGAUCCAGUUGAGACACGUCACCAAAAGGAGCAUCCACAUCGGACGGUCCAGAUUUCUCAACGCUGAAAACACGCUUGUGUUGACUUGUUGUUGUUGUUGGCCUCAAGGUUCGAAUCUGAUGGUUCGGUGUUGUUGGGGUCCCACGGCUGUUCGCGGACAUACGCGACGGCGAUAAUUGUGAGGAAGAUGAGGAGCGCGGCCGAGAUGAAGAAGCAAGACUUGAGGUUCGCGCAGUAGACGUCGCAGGCUUGGGUCGCGGUGAAGCGAAAGAGCGGAAACUUGUGGAGGCCGUCCUGGGCUCCCGCGAGGUAGCCCAGGACGUUCCCCACGCCCAUGAAGCACGAGAAGAGCGCGUUGGCGAACCGGGUGAGCCGCUGGCUCUCGCCCGAGAGGUCGCCCAGCAGGGCCCUGCAGGGGCCCUGCAGCAUGUUGUUGGAGACGUCCAGGACCCAGAACCCGACCACGAACACCGCGAUGGCCCGGGUCCUGGGCCGGCCCUCGUCGAGCGAGUCGCCGUAGCGGUGGCCGAUGUCGGCCGCGAAGCCGAUGAGGAGGACGGCGACCGCGACGAGGACCAUCCCCGAGAGGAUGAACGGGGUCCGGCGGCCGAACCGGCCGGUCCAGCGGUCGCUGA